AUGUCUACCAUCGAAGACCCAACUGACGAGGAGAGACGACAAGCCGAGAUCGUCUCGAGACAUCUCGACCCUGGCCACACCGCCGACCUCGAAGGUCUCGCACCCGACGAACCUCCUCAAAGUUCCGAUGCAACACAAAGCUCGAAUGGCGCGGAACACGAAAGUUCAUUGAAGUUGCAGGGAGGGGACAUUCAUCGCGAUCUGUACAAAAUAAGUGCUCGAGCAAAGCCAGUUCAGCGAUCAGCGACCUUUUCCCAUAUCCCAGAGUCGAGGGCGGAAACAACAGCUUCAGACCAGAGACUGCCAGGUGGCUUCCGUCGCCACUUUGUGCAGCAAAAGUUCAAUCGAUCGCAGAGUUUCAUUCAGAGGACACCGGUGACGAGGAAUUUCGUGCAGUUCCUGGAUCUAUAUGGCUCGUUUGCUGGCGAAGAUCUCGCAGACUCGGAUGACGACGAAACUGCGAUUGAUGAUGAAGAGGAGGACGUAGAGGGAGGAGAUCAGGACGAUGAACCGGCGGAUGAAAGACGACCUCUGCUAGCCAGACGUAGGACUUCGAGGGCUGCAAACAAACAAGGGGAUGCGAAUAUCACAAGGGCAUUUUUUCUGUUGCUAAAGUCUUUCAUCGGCACGGGAGUUUUGUUCCUGCCAAAAGCUUUCAAGAAUGGUGGUCUUCUCUUCUCCUCAAUCACUCUGGUUGUCGUAUCUCUCGUCUCUUGCCUCGCAUUCCAUCUGCUCCUGCAAUGUCGAGCACGAUAUGGUGGAGGUUAUGGUGAUAUUGCCGAGUCAAUUGGUGGAAAGAAGAUGAGGACUAUCACAUUGGCUUCCAUAUCAUUAUCCCAGGUCGGAUUCGUUUGUGCAGGAAUUAUCUUUGCAGCUGAAAACUUGCAUGCUUUCCUCCAAGCUGUCCUAACAGGGCCAUCACCGCUCUCGAUCACAGCCUUGAUUGGUCUUCAAUUGGUUGCACUGGUUCCACUGGCUUUCAUUCGCAACAUAUCCAAGCUUGGGGGUGUUGCAUUACUUGCAGAUGUUUUCAUCCUACUUGGACUCGGCUAUAUCUAUUAUUUCGACAUAUCGACUCUGGCAAAGGAAGGCAUUAGCCCUACGGUGCAUAUGUUCAACCCAAGAGAUUUCACUUUGACUAUCGGAUCCGCAAUUUUCACAUUCGAAGGCAUCGGUCUUAUCCUGCCAAUUCAAUCAUCGAUGAAAGAACCACAAAAGUUCGAGCGUCUACUGAUUACGGUCAUGAUCAUUAUCACCAUCAUCUUCGCCUCGAUAGGUGCGCUCAGCUAUGCUACUUUUGGGGAUAUAACUUCUGUAGAGAUCAUCAGCAAUUUCCCACAAGACUCGAAACUCGUCAACGCCGUUCAAUUCCUCUACUCCAUUGCCAUCUUAGCAGGCGAUCCAGUCCAACUAUUCCCAGCGAUGAGGAUCAUUGAAGGUGCAAUCUUUGGCCAUCGCUCCGGAAAGCGCGACGCAAUGACAAAAUGGAAGAAGAAUGCUUUCAGGGCUGGAAUUGUCGUUCUCUGUGGUGUCAUUUCCGCUCUGGGGGCUGCCGAUCUUGACAAGUUCGUUGCAUUGGUUGGGUCGUUUGCUUGUGUGCCGUUGGUGUACAUUUAUCCUGCUUAUCUACACUGGAAAGGAGUUGCGGAGACUAGGUACGCUAAGAUUGGGGAUAUAGUUUUCAUGUUGGUUGGACUUGUUGCUAUGGUAUAUACAACGGCUGUGACUAUUUCGCACUGGUCUUCGUCGUAA